CCAUGGCACCCAAGAAAGCCAAGAAGAGGAUUGAAGGUGCUAAUUCCAAUGUCUUCUCCAUGUUCGAGCAGGCCCAGAUCCAGGAAUUCAAAGAGGCAUUCACCAUCAUGGAUCAGAACCGGGACGGCUUCAUCGACAAGGCAGAUCUGAGAGACACCUUUGCUGCCCUCGGGCGCCUGAAUGUGAAGAACGAGGAGAUCGAUGAGAUGAUAAAGGAGGCACCGGGCCCCAUCAACUUCACCGUGUUCCUCACCAUGUUUGGGGAGAAGCUCAAGGGUGCGGACCCGGAGGAGACAAUCCUGAAUGCAUUCAAGGUGUUUGAUCCAGAGGGGAAAGGCCUGAAAUCUGCCUACAUCAAAGAAAUGCUGAUGACGCAGGGGGAGAGGUUUUCCCAGGAAGAGAUCGAUCAGAUGUUCGCUGCCUUCCCUCCGGACAUGUCUGGCAACCUGGACUACAAGAACCUGGUCCAUGUCAUUACUCAUGGUGAAGAGAAGGACUAG